AUGGCUUCCAAACAUGCAGCGAAAACUGUCGAUCCGAAAGAUUUGUCUCCUGCGUGGAAGGUGCUUCAAAUGAAGCUGAAAGAAGAAAAAGAGGAUAAGGAGAGAACUGAGAAGUCUGAGAAAGCUGAAAAGCAAGAAGGAGAAGAUGGAUUCACAAAGGUUCAAUCGAAGAAGCAGAAACAAAAAAUAAAUCGGAAGCGGAGAGCUCAAGAAGCGCUAGCAGCAGCUUCUGAAGUGAAACGAGUACAUCAUGAUAUUCCAGUUGUGAUUGCAGAUAGUGAGAGAGGAGAACCAACAAAAGUGAUAGCAAUCGAUUGUGAGUACGUCGGCGCUGGAAUGGGUGGAACCACUGAUAUUCUCGCUAGAAUUUCAGUUGUUAAUGAGUUUGGAAAAAUCCUUUACGACAAGUUCGUGAAGCCCACCGAAAAGGUGACAGAUUUUCGAACCGCCGUGUCUGGGAUCCGGGCGGAAAAUAUGACAAAAGCCAUUCCAUUCGACAAGGCACAAACUGAAAUUUCAAAGCUCAUCGAGGGACGGGUUGUUGUUGGACAUGCAGUGCACAAUGAUUUUAGAGUGCUCAAAUUGACCCACACACGGAAGUUGACACGGGACACCGCGAAGUGUACAAUUCUAAAAAAUAUGGCCAAUCAUCAAGGAACGCCGUCACUGAAAAAGUUGGCUAAGGAAGUAUUAGGAAUUGAGAUUCAGAGAGGAGAACACGACUCAAUUACCGAUGCUCGUGUGGCUCUUCGUCUCUACAAAGCUGUUGACAAACAGUGGGAAGCUGAAAUCAAAAGAUAUCGAUAG